CGCCCCGCUGGGCCCCGAGCGCUCCGCUCCGCCCGGUCAGGCCCCCGGCAUGGCGGCGGCGGGCGAGGAGCCGGGCGACCCGAGCCCCGAGGACUUCGUCUACGGGGAGGAGGACUUCGUCCUGCAGGGAGCCGGCUGGGGGGGCGAGCCGGGGGACGAGCCGGGCUCCGCGCCGUCCCGCUUCGACCGGGCGCUGCUGGAGGGCUGGAGCGACAGGAUGGAGCGGGGCUUGUUCCGGUACCGGCUGGGGCCGCUGCCCACCCGCGUCCUGCCUGGCCCCAUGCGCCUGGUGGCCCAGCUCAACGUCCAGCGCGGCACCGAGCGCCGCCCGCCGCAGGCCGUCCGCAGCCUCCGGCAGCCCUUCGACCCCCGGGCCUUCAACUUCACCCGGAUCCGCCCCGACGAGGUGCUGCUCCGCCUGCGCAGGGCGGGGGGCGGCCCGGCGGCCCCCGACCCGCUGCUGGUGGCGAUCAACGUCAGCCCGCUGGAGCGGGGCCACGUCCUGCUGCUGCCGGAGCCGGCGCGGGGGCUGCCGCAGGCCCUGACCGCCCCGCUGCUGCGCGGCGGGCUGGAGGCGGCGCUGCUCAGCGCCCACCCGGGAUUCCGCGUGGGCUUCAACGGCCUGGGGGCCUGCGCCUCCGUGAACCACCUGCACCUGCACGGCUUCUACCUGGGCCGGCCGCUGCUGGUGGAGUCGGCGCCCGCCCAGCCCCUCUGCCCGCGGCGCGGCCUCGGCUUCCUGCGGGACGUCCCGGCGCCCGCCUUCCUCUUCUACGCCGCGGGCCCCGCCGGCCUGGAGGCGCUGGCCCGGGACGUGUGCCGGGCGGCGGAGCACCUGGCGGACACCGGCCUGGCCUACAACGUCUUCGCCACGCGGGGCGACCCGCCGGGGGGGGCGGCGGGGGCCGGGGGCGGCCGGGGGCUGCGGGUGCUGCUGUGGGCGCGCAGGCCCAGCUUCGGCGCCAAGGCGGGCGCGGCCUUCAACGUGGCGCUCUGCGAGCUGGCCGGGUACCUGCCGCUGCCGGCGGCCGCGGUCUUCCGGGACAUCACCGAGGCCGAGGCCCUGCGCGCCAUCCGCGAGCACCUCCUGCCGGAGCCGGAGCUGCUGCGCCUCGGCGAGGACCUGACGCGGCUGCUGGCGGGCUGAGCGGGGCCGGGGCCGGGAUCGGGAUCGGGGCCCGCACCGGAACUGGCGCGGCUGCCUCCGCACCGGGACUAGCGCCUCCCGCCCGCCAGGGGGCGCCGUGCGGCGGCGUGGGUGCGAGGCCGCUGCCAACGUGACCUCCUAGGGCCGCUCUGGCUGCCGGCGCCGGAGUCUCUAUG